AUGAGAUCAUCAUCAAAACAGAGCACAGAUAACAAUAAUGUCAAUGCGGCUUUAUUCCGAAGGAAAUUCUACAAUCGUUUUCUUCCAUUCAGUGAUGACUCGGGAAGGAUACGGGAUCUUCCAGAUAUCAUGACACAGGAAUUAGUAUACGCAACUGAUGCAUAUCUCGAUUAUCUGAAUACCGACACAUCUAAAAACACAUUUUUGAAGAGUACGAUUUCAGAUAUGGUGGAGGCACUAACAAUAAUUUUUCAACUGAAGAAUGAAAAUGUGCUGAUAUCGGCAUUAAAAGUGGCACAAAAGAUGGCUAUAAAAUUGCCAUCUUUUGCGUUGAAACUUAUUCAUCCUUUAACUUCAUUAGUGUCCUAUACUCAAUGGGAAGCAGCCUCUCUUGCAAGUGAUACGUUGAAGAUGAUACUUUCGAGUGGAAGAACAGAUGAGGAGACUGAAAUAUGGAACAUAUUGGACAAAACAAACACAAUUGUUCAACUUGUCAAUAAUAUUCGAGAUUGUUCUAGUGGGAAUAAGCCAGCACGGUAUUUCGAAAAUACAGCUUCCCUUUUAAGUGAUAUAUUGUGGCGGUGGCCGCCUUCCAGAUUUCGUGUGUGGAAUGAUGUUGAAUUUCUGGAAGUCUUAAAGGGCAUCAGUCUGAAAACUAAUCCGGUUAAAGUUGCACUUUUGCGGUUAUAUUCUUCUAUAGCUUUAUGUGGUAAUGGGAGGCAGAAACUACUUAAAAAUGGAGAGCUAAUAAAUAUGAUGGUUCAUAGCAUGAACUGUUCAGAUUCUCAAGUCGUUCAGAUUGAGGGCUUUAAGUUAGCUCGUAUUUUAUCGAUGGAUGAACAAUGUUGCUUUCAAUUGAUGAAGCUUUGCUGCAAGCCCAUCAUAAAAGCAAUAAUCCGCGGAAUGAGCCGUACCCAAUCUGGAAAGGUGGCUAAAGAUCUGUUAGUGGAGGCAUGUCGCUUGGCCCUAAUCGUUCGAUGGCCUGGCCAACAUCAUGAUUAUUUUUGGAAGCGAGGAGUAGACAAUGUAUUGGUUAAUCUUCUACUAAAUGACUAUCUAAAGUCCAGCCAAUCUGAAGAUUUGCUGUCAGUCUUCACAGUAAUGGAGGGGCUCAAUGCAGAUUCCCUUAUUCUAAGACCAUACAUAUGGGAUAUCCUCGGUUGGCUUGCCACCCACUGUGACAAAGAUUUUAAUCCUGAGAGUGAUGAGAAUCAACUCUGCAUCAACAACCUGAUGCAAUGUGCAUGUAUAGCCUUUGUGGACUCGAUGCAUAAGACACAUCAGUACCAUCUAUAUGGCACUGCCAGGCUGUUUUACAGCGAACCAGCAGCUAGAUCAGUUCUUAUGAUGAUAUAUUCUCCGUGCAAGUAUAUUACGUCCAAAGUCAGGUCAAUUUUGGAAGAAUUGUUGCAGAAAAAAGUUAAGGGGAAGGAGUAUCUAAUAUACCUAUUGGAUCAUCCAAAUGGAAUUGCUACUCAAAAAGACGUUCAAUUGCCUGACAGGUGUCAAACUAUGAUGAACGUGAUGCAUUUGGCCUGUUUUUCAGCUCUACAAGAAUUCCAAAAAUAUGUUGCUGAAGGUAAAGGCGUAAAAUCACUGUUGACCUUUAUAAGGUGGUCCUUACAGAAUCAUCUAGAGUAUAACGUCCAUGUAAGGAGAUCGACCAUGGCCCCCCAUUUGCACACUUUUCAUGAGAGGAUUUGUUGUAGGGUUUAUGAAGAACCUUGGGGACACGAAGACUUGAUUUUUCUGUAUGGCUUGUGGGGACUUGCUGAGGUGAUGCACCACUCCGGUUUUGACAUAUAUUCUUGUCAAAAGGAUUUUAAUGUAAUCCAGCUUAUUGAUGAACUUGAAGAGUGUUAUAUUUCCAUUUCAACUCCAGGGGCUAGCUGGUAUGCUGCAUAUAUUCGCAAGCAUUUUGGAGUCUACGGAUUUCCAAGUAAACUUGGAAAGAAGAUCGGAAGAGUACUUAACGAGAGUGAAUGUACUGAUUUGGAUCUCAUCUUGACAAAUGAGGAGUCUUUUAGUGUUCAUGGCAUAAUUUUGAAGGUGCGAUGCCCAGCAUUGCUACCUCGCCACGACAAUGAAAGACACAAAACCGGAAACUCCAAAAAAUUAAAGAACAAAUGUCAAGUAUCUGAUUGUGUGGAUCGCGAGGCAUUGUCGAAGGUCUUGGAGUAUGUCUACUCUGGACAUUUUCAAGCAGGUCGGGGCAUUAUGAAGAGCUUAACAACUUUUGCUAACAGUCUUAAUUUGAAAAUUGUUUUAGAGCUGCUCUCCCGAAAAAGUCCAAAAUGGGGCACCCCAAUUCCGAGCUUUGAUCUUACAAAUGCUCUUGAACCGGCUGGCCAGUGUUUCGCGGAUGUUAUCUUGGAGGCCAAGGCAAAUGAAAUGAUGAAUUGGAUGUGCAGGGGUUGCUCUCUCACGGUGCCGCAUAUGCAUUGUCACACAAUUAUAGUGUGCUCAAGUUGUGAAUAUUUGCGUUCCAUGUUUCGAUCAGGAAUGCAAGAAAGCAAAUCGAAGACUAUCAAGGUUCCGAUUAGCUGGGAUGCAUUGGUAAUACUUUGUCAUUGGUUUUAUUCUGGCCUAUUGACAAAGCCUGUUUCUGGAUGCUUUUUGGCUAACUUGGAGUUUGAAAAGCAGCUAGAUACACUAUUACCUUAUAAAGAAAUUCAAUGGAUUUCUGACUACUGGUGUCUAGAUGACCUCCGUGCGGACUGUGACAGUGUACUCUCAUCUUGUCUACUUUCUGUCAGCGAGUUGGCUAAUAAACGGUUGCUUAUCAAAAUGAACCAAUUUACUGAUGAACUGAUAGUAUCACAGAGUUGAGGAGUUUUGUACAUUGUUGUAUCAUAGACAAGAUUGCUCGGAAUUUUGUUAGAUGAUGCCCGGAGUUGCCAUUCAUUAUUUUCUUUUUUCCUUUUUGCUGUUGCACUAAACAGAAUUCUAUCUUGCUCAUUCAAUUUUUUUACCCCUAUAAAUCAGGGUGCUUUAAA